AUGUCUGAAAAAUUAAUAUAUUUAACAAAAUAUACAAAAUUGCGAGGAAUAGGCUUAGAUUGUGCUGUAAUUCCGUUAAAACGCCAUGAUUUAUUUCUAAUUCAAACUACUGAUUUCUUCUAUCCAAUCGUGGAUGAUCCUAUUUUGAUGGGUCGUAUUACUUUCGCAAAUGUUGUCAGUGAUUUGUAUUCAUUGGGUGUUCAUGAAAUCGAUUCAGUUUCUAUUUUAAUUUCUACACCAGAAGAUAUGCCAAAAGAUGAGCAAAAUGUGGCGUUACCGGGAAUUAUUGAAGGAUUCAAACAAAGUGCAACAAUUGCUAAUGUCAAAUUGCUUCUUGGAGCGGUUAAUGAAAAUCCAUGGAUGAUUAUAGGAGGAAUUGCUUCGUCAAUUUGUGCGAGAAAUGAAUUUAUUAUGCCCGAUGCUGCACAGAUUGGGGAUGUUUUAGUAUUAACUAAAGCUUUGGGAACGCAAGUAGCAGCUCUUGUACUACAGCAUUUGUCAAAUGACAAUGAGCAAGCCAAAAAAUUGCUCCAUAAUUUUUCUCAAGAAAAUUUAGAUCAAGCAGUUCAACAAAGUCACAAAUCCAUGGCCCGUUUAAAUUUAUCAGCCUCUCGCUUAAUGCACAAGUAUUGCGCACACGGAUGUACAGAUGUAACUGGAUUUGGAAUUUUAGGCCACGCACAAAAUUUAUUAGACUGCCAAAAAGAAAAUGUUAAUUUUGUUAUUGAAAAAUUACCAAUAAUUCAACAUCUUACCAAGGCAGCACAAAUUUUAAAUCAUUCACGUUUAUUAUGUGGAACAUCAGCCGAAACUUCAGGUGGAUUGUUAAUUGUAUUACCAGAAUCAUGCGCCAAAGAAUAUUGUGAUGAAAUUAAAUUAUUAGAUAAUGAAACUGCAUGGAUUAUUGGAAAAGUUGUAUGUGGAUCAAAACAAGCACAAAUUGUUGAAAAUGUUGAAAUUAUUGAAUAUUUGUCUAAAUAAUCAUCAGAUUCGAAUUUGAUACCAUUGAACAUAGUGUGAUUAAAAUAGAAUUAA